UGUACCAGCUGCCUGGACUCCUCUGCUCCUCCUCCUCGUCCUCAGCUUCCUCCUUGUCUCCUUACUGGUCCUCCAGCAGGGACUCUGAAGGAGCGUUUGGGGGGGAGCGACGYUAAAGUGGACCUGCUGUGAUCCAGGAGGAGAGAAAAACCCUGAAAACUGGAUCUGAAGGUAAGACAGCAGAUCGGAAACUCAUGCUAAUAAAUGUUUAAAAUAUUAAUUUUGAAGURCAAUCCGGGCUUUUACACUUCAAUGAUUUUCUGGAUUGGGAGAAAUUUUUGAAUCGUAAGUUUCUCAAGAAAGCAGGUCUGCAUUAUCUCAGUUUUAAAAGUUGACUUGGACUAGUUUCUUGUUAUUUUACCCUCACAUUUUUUUUCAUGAAACCCAUUCAUCAUCAUAUCUGGUGUCAGGAAGUACUUCUGGAUUCACUCAUCUUUUGCGCUCCAACCGCAGGUCAGAAUUUUGGCAUCCAACUCAGUAACCAAUCUGCACAGACAUUUUUUUUUCCCACUGUCAUCUGUUGGCGGCUCAUUUUCUCAGGACUUCAACUUCUUCUUCUUCUUCUUCUCCCCAUAAUACAUAAAUAAAUAUUUCACUUUCCUCCAAAACUCUUACAGACACGAGCACUGUUGUCAUGUAAAACACCAGCUGCUGUGCAGUUAGGCUGGGAGCACACAAUGUCUUAAAGCACUGUUGUUUCAGGUGAUGAAUAAUUGAGAGGCGUGCAGGCAGAGUUUGGUUCGUCAUCCGGGGCUCCGAAGCCCCCCUGCAGAGCCGCGUCCUGCAGCCUCCAGCUGCAUCUCUAAAAAAACUUUUCUGUCAGUAACUACCAUCCCACCGAUCUGAUGGAGCUCAUCUGUUCAAACACUCAUCUGCUGAGAGGUGGAGAUGAUUCUGUUGAGACUUUGAGUUGUUUUAUUGCCUGUGCAACACAUCCAGCUGCCUGGAGAAUGACAUAAUAAAACACACCUGRUGUGAAAACAGUCGAUCUCUCCUUCCAGAAUCCGCAGCACUCUCGGGAAUGAAGAUGCCAGGGAAACGUCUGAGAUAAGGGAGAUUUUGGCCGGUCUGCAGGAUUAUUGAUCACCACGAGAGUUUGCAGGUCUUUUGUCUCACGUUUAGCCAGCAGCCUCACAACCUUCUCGUCCAUGGCGAUCAUCUUUCCCAUUUCUGGGACUGAGCCGAGGCACGUGAGGAAACAGAUCAGGUGUCUUCACAGGCUGAGUUAGUAAAAGUCUUCAAGCUAAGCUCCAAAUGUAGAGAAAGUCUUUUAUUCAUAAACUCUGCUGGGGCACUUGCUCAUAAUGAGAURCAAAUAUUCCAAAAUGUAUUUCUCUGAUGAGUGGCAGGACUCUUGGAUAAACGGAUAAAAAGAAAAGUAAUGUUUUAGACAAAUCUUUAGGGAUUCCAACUUGUCAUAUUUUGUAUGUUAUAACUACUAACUUCAAAAACAUUUUCCCAUAAAUGAAAUCUUGUGCAGUCAACAUAGACUCACCACAUUUAGUCCCUCUAAAUGUGUAUUCUGUGGUCAUCACUGUCACUGAUCUCAUUUCUUGUCUCUGUUUUGUUCACGUCAUAGACUUUACAUGUCAUUCAUUGUUUCUACUUUGCUGUCUUACCUUUCUGGAGUUAGCUGAGCAAUUGUUACCUUAUUCCCUCUCKACAGAUUAUCCACUUAGCUCCGUCUUUCUCACUUUCACCCUGUCUCGCUCCAGUAUAAAACACCCGAUGGGGCUAUUCCUGCCUCUAACUGUGUAUGUUGCUCUUCAUGGAAUAGAUUUUACUACUGACUCAACCCUGUAUGCUUAGCUGUAGUUAUCUCCUAAAUGAAGCUACUAAUGCUGCCAUUAACACUUAAGGUUUUCUUAUAGAAAAUACUCCUAGACCAGUUUGUCACAGUUUUUAUUGUGCGUACUUUGUCCACUCAAACCUCCAUUUGGUUACUGCAGAUGGCUUCUUCCACAGAGUAUGGUACUACUGGAGAAUUGCUACAAGCUGACGACGCCAUGCAAUCAACUGUCCACUGUUGUUACAUGCUCAUUAAGGAAGAGGGAUAGCUGUAGAGUCAGUGACUAGAUGCAAUCAACUUGGAUUCUUUAAAAUGUAACAACUGCCAGAGUAAAACUGAGCCUCACUGCACUUUAUAUCUAAAAUCAAACUGGAAUUUAUAUAAUUGGUCUUGACUCUGUUUAUAUUAUCGGAUUGAAUUGACCUGAAACAGGAAUUGCAGGAGACAUUUUGAGGGUCCUGUAUCAUUUUCCUUCCACUUCCCAAUUACGAUUAGUAGUCUGGGGUUUUAAUGUGAAGAAAUGUAAACAGCAUAAAUUUGUUUGCAAACCAGUGUAUAAAAUAAUAAAAAWUUUUUAAAAAAUAGGACGGAAAUUUAGUCAACUUCUGCAGCAGACAUGCCAUAUAAAAUCAUUUGAUCCGUUUUGAUUAUUUUCAAAAACUAAAACUUAAAUGACUUUGUUUUUACUGUUGAGAUGGCAGGCAGAAAGAUUACUAUUUUUAAAUGUGAGUAAAAGAAAAUCUGGGAUGUCAUGCAGGACUACAGAUGUCACRUGCUGUUUGUAAGACUGUGGCACAUUGUGUCACGCAAUGCAGGGUUGAUGUAUCCCUGCAAACACACAUUCCACCUCCUGCGGGAGUCGUGUGCGCCUAUUUAUACUGAACAGGACAUCUUAUCUCAUGCUAUUAGAUAAAGAAAAGUGAAAUGGGAGAAGGUUUAUAUCGAUACACAAACUGCCUAAAAAAGCAAGAAACUGGAACGAGCCUAAGCUCUCGUUUCCUCCAAAAGUUCAGGGAUAUGGCAGCUAUUUAUGGUCCCGGAUUGAAGUCUCUGUGAGAGUUCAGUCUUGACAAAACAGUAACCGAAAGUCAUGUUCUGGAGCUUUGGUCAGAUGAAUGUUACGUAAAUGUCUCGGUGUGUUUUUGUCCCUUCCUCCUGACCUUGCAGAUGUUCCUCUGUUCGGUUUCUUAAAGCCGUAGAGACAUUAUUUCUGCGUGACAAAAAAAAAAAAAGCUUGAAAGAAACCAAUCCUCAUUUUACCAUUUUUUUWAUGCUUUAAAUAACAUAGAAAGAUCACAAUAUCAUAAUGAUUUUAUUUUAUAAAGCGAAUCAGUGCAACGGAAGAGCUCCAUGUUGUUUAUGUCCAACUGUCUACAUUUAAGUCAAGUUCUUCCACACCAUGCUUGCUUAUCUGUGUCUUURUGACUGUUACUUUGUGUACUGGUGACUGACACUGUUUAUAUGUGUGUUUCAAUAUCACUUACACAGUGGUAUUGAAACAGGAAAUAGGUAACCCUGCAACCUUUCCCUCAAAGGGUAAGGUKGGUUGGUUGGGGCUGAAAGGUUGCACCACACAAAAAUACUCUCCUCCAUCAAACUGCAUACAUAUCGCAAAAAAAAGAGAGAGAAACAAAUUUCACAAAAACUCAAAGUCAAAAUGUAAUUACCAAAGCUUUAUCAAAUUACUAAUAUAGCAAUGAUCCAUGGGCAUUCAGUGUCACACAGAUGAUGAGCAGAUCUAAGUGGACAAAGUGAACAAUGAGUUUUAACUUAUUUGAUCCCUUUUUUAAUUACCCUUUUAUAUUCUGCUCACUUAGCAGAAUUUAACAAAACAUUCAAAUUCCCCCUCUGAGCUAGCAGAUGGCAAAACCUUUCACACUGACAAUAAAAUUAGAUGCAAAGAAUAAACAUCUUUCAGUCUCUCUGCACAUAUUUGAAGCUUUGGGAUGAUKCAGUCAGAAAAAAAGAUGAGUUAGAUGCAGGAAACUGUAACAAAAUUAUUCCUGCUUCAUGUGAAAUCUUAAAGCUAACUAGAACUCUAUCAAUGCUUARCAAAAAUAAUUGUAGUUUUAAAAUGUCUCAUAACAAGUUUGGGAAAUCAUUAAAGGUCUUUGCAAUAGAACAGUUAAGAAACCUUAGGUUUUGAGGAAAUAUUGAGGAUCGGUGCCUGUGAAUGGGAGCUUUUUGGAGCUGAAAAGCCGGAUCGAUUCAGAGUUAAGGACCAGUGGCUCUACUGCAGAAUGCCUGCAGAUCAUGAGAAACUAAUUUCAGGAGGACAUGAAGCUGUCCUGUUCCUGCUGACCUGUUCUUUUUAUAUGCCAUGAAUAUCAUUAAUGUUCAUAACUGCAGYUGGGUUCAGGCCUUUCUGCUGAUGCCAAGAUGAAAUAAAGCAGCCAUCCACAAAGCAAUUCRAUGCCUCUYGGUGUUGUUAUCAAAUUACCUCUACAGGCACCAAACGUGCCAGUCAUCCGGUGCUUGUGCAGGGGUUUUGGCACAUAAACAACCUCUACGAUGGCAUUAAUUAAAUACGACAAACUGCUUGUAGUGGUGAUUGCCCUGAUCGUUUCAGGAGGGAGCUUUUAUGAAUGYGUUGACUUUAAAGUGCUGUUUAUACUUGCUGUGCAUCCACACAUGGCUGAGAGAUAAUACAGUCCAAAUUUGGUUGACAUGGAUGAAUGAAGAAAAUUAGGAGAGCAGGUCCUGGAUUGGCUGAUGAAGAAAGGGCGAACAACACUCAGGUGAAAAGGUCAAACUGGAAAAAAAAGCAGUAUAUAUUGAGAAACAGGAGGUUAAUAGGGUCAAUGAGUCAGCCCCAUCUGUUGUUGUGGACCUGCAGUUUAAUUGAAUGAGUGCAUUGACUGACACUGUUCAUAUGUGAGGCUGUUUGGCUGUGCAAACAAUGUUUCUCUGAGAUCUUUCAGAAAUCUCAUCAGCAUAAACCAGCAUUUUAUGCAARAUUUUUGGAGUUUUCUAAGUGAAAGACAUGAGAGAAAACUUCCACUGUAAUCUUUGCACUUUUUACAGCUAAGACCAAAAUUAUUCAUGCACUUGGCAGACAUAGAUUUCAGAUUAUUGCUCAUUUUUGUUAAAGGUUGCAUGUUGCAUAUGUGUAUAUGUGCAUGUGCAUGGUUGUUACAUUUUUUUAAAGGCUCCCUUUGUGGCUCAGAACAGCAACAGAAGAAGUCMGGUAGAGACAGUAGGACAGCAACUUCAGUAUGGUUUUAGAGUGUAUUGUUAUAUGAGCUAAUGAGUCUGUAGUACGUUUACAUUUUACCAGCUCAAAAAUUAUGACAGCAGAUAUAUAAACAACAAAUAUUAAAAGUUAGCUUUCAAAAAUGAUUUUACAACUGAUCCUGCUACAAGGACUUCUAAGAGAAUCUAUAAUCUAUACUUCUAUUUUCUGCUGUUUUUUUUUUUUUAACAUUUAAACUCAUUUUUCUUCGACUUGUAUUUUUUGGUGUCUUGCUCUUCAGAAGAAGCACAAAGGCCAUGAUCGACUGGCCUAAUGUUACAGCGUCCAGCUACGAGGAGCUGGACCUAAAACCAGAGGAGCUGCAGAGAUCCAAAUGUGUCCUUGGCUUCAUUCCGGUCAUUUACUACAGUGUUCUGCUUUGUGUGGGAGUACCAGUAAACAUCCUCACAGCAGUGGCCCUGUGCAGACUGGCAUGCCGCACCAAGAAGCCUCUGUACUACUACCUCUUAGCAGUGACAGGCUCAGAUAUUCUUUCCCAGCUCUUCAUCAUCUUUGUUGGGUUCCUGCUAGAGACGGCUGUUUUUCACCGCGACGUCCCCACCGUCCUGCUGCACGUGGUCAGUGCCGCAGAGUUUGCUGCCAACCACGCCUCCAUCUGGUCCACCGUACCCCUUACCGUGGACCGGUACGUGGCGCUGUGCCACCCCUUGCUCCACCGACAGAUCAGCUACCCGGCACGGGCCAGGAAGAUCAUUGCAGGGGUGCUGGUGUUGUCGCUUACGUCGGGCGUACCUUUCUUCUGGUGGUCAGACGUGUGGAGGGACAGCCACCAUCCCUCAGUGCUGGACGCAGUCCUCAUAUGGACACAUGUUACCAUCAUCUACUUCCUGCCAUGCAGCAUCUUCUUGGUGCUGAACUCUUUAAUAAUCCGCAAGCUGAGGAUAAGGCAGAGGCAGCAGCCCUGCCAAGAGGAGCGUGGGCCUCCGCGCCGCCUAGGAAAAACCACGGCCAUGCUGCUGGCGCUCACCUCUGUGUUCUCAGUUCUGUGGGCUCCUCGGACUGUUGUAGUCAUCUACCACCUGUAUGUUUCCUCAGUUCACCAGGAUUGGCGUGUCCACUUGGCCUACGACCUGUCCAACAUGCUGGCCAUGCUCAACACGGCUGUCAACUUUUUUCUUUACUGCUUCGUCAGCAGGCCAUUCCGCAGCGUCGUGCGGGACAUCAUGCUGCUCAGAGGGGGRCCGCUGCACCCUCCCCGGCCUCUGCCCCAGCAUCAGGCCCCCACCAACGCCUCCAACUCGUCUCUCUACAGUGGGAACAACAAACGCUCGCAGCGAGACUUCACCCACUUGUCACCUCGCAGAAACAGAAAGCCCUCGUGACCUGGUGUUUCCCCCCCCAUUAAUCCAAAACACCCGUCGUCCCACGGUCUCGGUGCACAUCAAACCCCAGGGGCCAGCACUGCGUUCCAGCCACGGCCGUGGACAGUUGCCAGUCAGCCCUGGAGCUCUCUCACAGGGCUCCAAACGAUCUGAUCUUUCAUGGUUUUUUGUCUUCUCUGACCUGGAGUUGUUUGUUUUAGUAAAUCAAGCAAAAGGACUGUUUAUUUAUCUUUGCAACAAGGAAUUUGACAAAAUUAAAGUGGGUGUUGUUUUUUUUUUCUUUUCCAUAUUUGGUAGAAAUUUCACGUUUUUUAAUCUGCUAGUCGUCAAGGAUAGGAAAAUAAUAGAAUAAAUCACACGCUUGCCGCUAAAUGUAAAAAAUGAGUCUGCUGUGUCGCUACAGUUGUUAUGUAAGUCUAGAAAAUGAAAAAGAGUGGUCUGAAAUGUGACCGGUUCAUUUGUAAGCAGUUUGUUAUGAACCACAGAUUUUAAGCCAGUCGAGCAAAGAAGUUGUACCCCACAGCACGCACUCAGGAACAAAAUCUGCUUCUGUUUGAAUUACGAGCAGAUUUUCUGUGACACGAAAUGAAAAAGCUGCACACAAGGCAGGAGUAAAGACCUGCUCUGUAAACAAGUCCUCAAUCUGUGGUGACACCAACCAACACGACUUCAGCUCCGCCGAAGCAAACUGCAGAUCGGCCAUGGACGUGUGCACAAACACGCAUGGAGAACACGGUACAGCUUUUCAUGCAUGCAUGAUCAUGUGCACCCGUAGCCAGCUGGUACAUUUCCACUUUCACCAAAGAGCACUGAAUCAGUGAAGCCUCAUGAAAGCUGCAUCAGUUAUAACUGUAUUUAAACGUACUACCUGAAACUGUACAAGUUAUGGUUUAAUGCCACACCUGAUUUUUCAAGUGGCUUAUUAUUGUAUAUAAUAUGGUUUUUUAUUAUUAUUGGUGCAGUACAGAAGAAAAUGUUGGAUUUUUUUUUCUGCAAGUCAUUUUACAUUAAAUUUUUAUUUUUAAAUGAACUGAAAAUGUUUUUUAUCGCCUUCUUGAAUGAUAAACUGAUGCUGCAGUUUGUAACAUUAUACAUUUCCUUACCAUACAAAUAAAACCAGUACCCAAGCA